UUGCCGCGACAAAACCUAACGGCAGCAGAUGCUUUCUCUUUCCCCGCUUCAAAAUACGUCCCCAAAUCCCUCGAGCCCCAACAACCAGUCGAAAUCGCCUCCGCACGCGCACGCGCACUCCUCUUCCCUCUCCCCGUGGUGUGAACGCCCCCAGGUUUCCCGCCCGCCCGCCCGCCCGCAUCUCCGCCCCAAUCCAUUUCAAGCCGCGCCGCAUCGGCGAGAGAUCGGCUGCGGCGGCGGCGAUGGAGGUGGGCGACCUGCACAAGGUUUGGGAGGUCCGCGCGCUCAAGACCAAGCCCGACGCGACCGCCGCCCGCGCGCUCCUCGACCGCGUCGCCAGCCAGGUCCAGCCCAUCAUGCGCCGCCGCAAGUGGCGCGUCAAGGUUCUCUCCGAGUUCUCACCGCGGAACCCGAGGCUGCUGGGACUCAACGUCAACGCAGGCGUGGAGGUCAAGCUACGGCUGCGCCGCGCAGGCCGCGACCACGACUUCAUCCCCUACGAGGAGGUGCUCGACACCAUGCUCCACGAGCUCAGCCACAACGAGUGCGGGCCCCACGACGCGCAGUUCUACAAGCUCUGGGACGAGCUCCGCAAGGAAUGCGAAGAACUUGUUUCGAAGGGUAUCACUGGAAAAGGACAAGGGUUUGAUGGCACGGGCAGGCGAUUAGGUGGAUUUACAAUACAUCCACCACCACCAUUGCUUCGGCAAGCUACAUUAGCUGCUGCACAGAAGCGGGCAAGGAAUGGAGCUCUAUUGCCAUCGGGUCCAAGAAAGUUGGGUGGAAAUAAUGAUAUUAUGAGUGCGCUUAGUCCAGUACAAGCUGCUGCAAUGGCAGCUGAAAGGAGAAUGUACGAUGAUUUGUGGUGUGGAUCCCAUGAUCAGUCUGGUAUUGAUGAUUCAGAUGAUGUUAUUAUUCUCAAAGAAUCACCCAACUUGACAACAAUGGAUGGGAAAACUACGAAGGGAGGUUUUUCCAACUCUUUUGGAGAGUCCAGCUCUUCAGCUGGAUUUCACAUGGCAGCACGAGAUGAUUCCUCUUGUAGGACGACAACCGAUGCAGUUGAUAGUUCACUGUGGGAAUGUGGUGCUUGCACUCUUCUAAAUCAGCCUUUGGCACCAAUUUGUGAAGUUUGUGGUACGGCAAAACCUAAAAUUGCAAAGGCGAAGUACAGAAUCUGGUCAUGUAAAUUCUGUACUUUAGAGAACAGCACCAAGCUUGACAAAUGUUCGGCAUGCAAUCAAUGGAGAUACUCGUAUGGGCCACCUGCAGCCACCUAUGGCCCAAGCUAUGACUGACAUAACAUUGAAGGCUAUAAUAGUACAUAACAUUUUGGGACCGUGUCGAUAUCUAAAUCAACACUUAUUUCGGACCAGAGGGAGUACCUAAACCAUCCUCCUUCGUGGAUCAUGUGCUCAUGUGGUGCUGAGCACUAAAAGAACUAUCUGAUUCUCAAUGACUAUUGGGGGCAGUGAACGUCGUCCGAACCAUGUGCAUGCAACUGCAGCAUGUGAUUCUGAGCAUGUCCAUGUUUCGCUGACAGGUAACCACUUGCUCCUAGGAAGCGGUAUGGUGAGUUGGUCCCGCUGUCUGUUUUGAUGUCUUCUACUCGUGUUGCCGUGUGGGUGGGGAACUUGGUGAUUGUGUGCAUUAAUAUUAAGGUUAACACAAGUUACUAUCUGCA